AUGAUGCGCAAUUUCGUUCUUUUGUCUGCCCUGGCGGCAGGCCUUUCUGACGCCUAUACUGUCACUGUUUCAGAUUUCAUGAUGUUCAAGAACAUUGACCCUAUUGUUUUUCCUGGAAAAUAUACUAGCCAUAUGCACAGUUUCUUUGGCUCAGAUGCAAUUACCGUGAACACGACCACUUCAGCUGAGCUGCAGAAAGGCUGUUCCACUACCGAGAACCCGAAUGACUUUUCAACAUACUGGGUCCCGACAUUAUAUCUCGUGGAAAAUGACGGCCAAACGUACACGCCUAUCAUACCGAUGCGUUUCAGCGCCUACUACGAGCAGCCGGAGUCUGCCGAAAUCGCAAUUCCACAGAACUACAAGGACCUUGCUGGAAAUGCGUCCGCUACAUCCCAAGCCGACGUUGAAGAUGAUGCUGGUAUUAGUUGGUUCUGUGAAGGCGAUGCGACAGAUGAAACCAAAGAUGCAGCCGCCUUCCCCACAACGACAUGCUCCACCCAUCUACAGACGCUUCUUCUUUUCCAUGACUGCGUGAAUCCAGACACUCUUGAGUCAAGCUACUCGGGCAAUCCUCAUUACAAUAAGGGGUAUGGCGACAAUUGGUGCCCAUCAGACAUGAAACGCAUCCCCCAGCUGCGAUUCUCUAUCCGCUACGAUCUGCGCAAAUUGCUCCCUGAUGGAUGGUCCGGUGCCCCUCCUCUUGCGCUAGCCUGCGGUUCAUCCUACUGCUCCCACGGUGACUUUAUCAACGGCUGGCUACCAGAAGCAGCAGAGAAAAUGGUUCAAGAUGCGGUUUCCAAGUAUGACUACUUUGCCGUGAAUGGGCCUUUGGGCGACGCGAGUGAUGGGUCUGUGUGCGGUGCAAAAAAUGCACAUGAUAGUGAUCCAACGCAUGGCACCAGUGACUACUUUGAGAGCUUGCAGAUGAUGGGUAAAAUGGCCAAGAGGGCCCGCAGACACUUCAGGAGACUUCAUUGA